AUGUCAAAGGGUAGAACAAAUGUAAUGAAUAAAAAGUAUGGGAUAGUGAAAAAAUUACGAAAGAGUCUCCUACUAGGGAAGAAAUUUUCGACGGACGAUCCGCCGGAAAACGAGUCGAGGGACGUGCCGGAGGAUGUGAAAGAAGGGCAUUUCGCGGUCAUUGCGACGGACGAGGAUGAGCUCAAGAGAUUUGUAGUGCCAUUGAGUUGCUUAACACACCCUUCAUUCUUGAGGCUAUUGGAACAAGCUGCUGAGGUAUAUGGUUUUGAUCAUGAAGGUGCACUUACACUACCAUGCAGUCCUAGUGAGAUGGAGAGGAUUUUGGCUAUAAUAUAUACGGAGUUCGGCUCGUGA